ACAGUUCUCCCCACUGCAUGGCUUCCUGGCCGUGUGGUAAAAAUAGAAUAAAAGAAAGCCGAUCACCGAUACGAUGCUGUGAAUUCACAAACUUCUGUCCAAUCCCAGGUCUAAAAUUAACCCUCCAAUCAAAAAGGAACGUCUCUGUUCUGUGUAUAUACAAAAGGCAACCGCGCAGCCUAUGGGCUUCCAGGAAGGAAUAAUCGUGUAAAUGAAAAUACCCAAGGUCUUCCUCUAAUCUGCUCUAUCCCUUUUAUCUGGGGAUUCGGAGCAGAGCGAGCAGAAGCUGGAGAGACGCAGAGAUGCUGCAGGAAUAACAGACUCAGGAUCACAGCGAGAGAGAACCGGAGGCAGGGAAGAUGUUUUGGGGUUUGGCGCUGGCGCUGUGUGUUCUCCCCUCGAUCUGCGGCUCCUGUCCUGCUCAGUGCAGCUGCUUCUACCACAAACUGAGCGACGGCUCCAAGUCAAGGAGUGUCCUGUGUAAUGGCCCUGACCUCACUGUCAUCCCAAACAACUUUCCCUCGGACACCUCCAAACUGCGCAUCGAGAAGACGUCCAUCAGCCGUGUGGCCAGCGAUACCUUUCUCUACCUCAUUAACCUGGAGUACCUCUGGAUAUCCUUCAACUCGCUCUCCUCCCUCAGCGCCGACAGCUUCCGAGGACUCUAUGCCUUGGAUGAACUACGGAUGGAUGGGAAUCUUCUCACUUCAUUUCCAUGGGAAUGUUUGACGGACAUGCCCAGCCUUCGGCUUCUGGAUUUGCACAACAAUAAAAUCAGCAGCAUCCCAGCUGAGGCAACCAUUUACAUCAAAAACUUGACCUAUCUGGAUCUGUCCAGCAACAGUCUUGCUACCGUCCCGGCCGAGGUUCUGACGUCAUGGUUCUCUCUGAAACCUCCUCCAGAUACAGAGAAUUCCAAAAUGAUUCUGGGUCUUCACGACAACCCCUGGCAGUGUGACUGUCGUCUGUUUGAGAUGGUGCAGUUCCAGAAGUUUCCUUCGUCCUCGGUGGCGCUGAUCGACACAGGCCUGCGCUGUGCCGAGCCGGAGAGCCUGUCAGGAGUCCUCUUCUCGGACGCUGAGCUCCGCAAGUGCCAGGUUCCCCGCGUGCACACGGCCGUCGCCAGGGUCCGCAGCUCCAUCGGGAACAACGUGCUUCUGCGCUGCGGGACCAUCGGAGUGCCCAUCCCGGAGCUUGCCUGGUCCCGGGCCGACGGCAAGCCCAUGAACGGCACCGUUCAACAGGAAGUCUCUAAAGAGGGCAUCAUCUGGUCCAUUCUCAGCGUUCCUGCUGUUUCCUAUCGAGAUUCAGGGAAAUAUGUUUGCAGAGCCACGAACUUUGUCGGGAGUGCCGAUGCCAUCAUCUCACUCGUCAUUUCUGAUACGUGGCAAAUCGACGAAACGGUCGCCAAAAAAAGCUACGGAAAGAAGAAUGGUGGAUUUGGUCGUGCGGCGUAUCAAGAGAAACUCGUGGCCAGAUACGUGCCUCCUGCCACGUCGGCCGCCGUGCCCAUUAUUGAGCCUCUAAAUGGACCAAAAAACACACAGUCUAUCCGGGUCGAAAGCUACAGCGUUUCUGAUGAUGCUCCCAAAGCGAACGCCACGGCGGCACCGGCAGCCAGCACAGAGGCCGACAGUGUCGAGGAACUUCAGAAAGACGUGUUGAGGAACCUUGAGGCCGAUGUUUCUUCUCUACAGCAGGUCCCCGAGCGCCGAGUCGUUCGGUCAGUCAAAGUGAUCGGCGACACCGACCACACCGUAUCCCUGAACUGGCGAGCGCCCACAGCCACCAACACCACGUCCUUUAGCGUUCUGUACGCCGUCUUCGGUGAGCGAGAUAUGCGGCGCAUUAAUGUCGGACCCGGCAAGAAUCGCAUCACGAUCGAAGGCCUCGUGCCCAAAACCAAGUACAUAGCGUGUGUGUGUGUGAAAGGCCUCAUCCCUAAGAAAGAGCAGUGUGUGAUUUUCUCCACGGACGAGGCGGCCAGUGCCAGCGGCACACAGAAGCUCAUUAACGUGGUGGUGAUCACUGUCGCCUGCGUCAUCGCGGUUCCUCUGACCCUGAUCGUGUGCUGUGGGGCGCUGAAGAAGAGGCUGCAGAAACUGCUGGGACGCAAGGCCAAAGACAUUCAGGAUUCCUAUGUGACGUUUGAGACUCUGUCUCCAGGCACCAAAGCUAAAGGCAUGGAGGGGGAAUACCUCAGCAGACUGAACCCGGACGAGUCCAACCGCCUGCUGUCAGCCCGCUCCAGCCUCGACUCGGCAGCCACGGCCCGGACCGAGGGACAGCCCAACGAGUACUUCUGUUGAUCCAAACCCAUGGCCCGGUCCGAGGGACAGCUCAACGAGUACUUCUGUUGAUCCAGACCCAUGGCCCGGUCCGAGGGACAGCUCAACGAGUACUUCUGUUGAUCCAGACCCAUGGCCCGGGCCGAGGGACAGCUCAACGAGUACUUCUGUUGAUCCAAACCCAUGGCCCGGUCCGAGGGACAGCUCAACGAGUACUUCUGUUGAUCCAGACCCAUGGCCCGGUCCGAGGGACAGCUCAACGAGUACUUCUGUUGAUCCAGACCCAUGGCCCGGUCCGAGGGACAGCUCAACGAGUACUUCUGUUGAUCCAAACCCAUGGCCCGGUCCGAGGGACAGCUCAACGAGUACUUCUGUUGAUCCAAACCCAUGGCCCGGUCCGAGGGACAGCUCAACGAGUACUUCUGUUCAUCCAAACUAAGUUUCAUGUGUUUGAAAGCAUGUUGACCUUCCUCAGCCCCGAAAGGGAACAAACCAGUUUAGAGAAAGUUCACUGUUCAAAAAGGGAAUGAAAUAAUGUCUUUGUUUUUUAUUUUUGUCAUGCAUUUUUCCAAUGAAAUGUUUAUCAUUGAUGAAUUCAUCAUGCAUAUUGAAUACAGUGAAAUAUCUUUAUACAACACAUAAUACCCAUCUGUCUGAUGUGAAAGUGAGAGCAUAAGACUUUCUGUUUGGACUGCCAAGAGAAGGUUAGUGACAUACAUCCUUAAACUUUUUCUUUUUAAGUGUUUUUCUUUGUACUGUUAUCUUGGGUGAGUGUUUUCCACUUUAACCCUAAAACUGUACUUAUAAUCUGUCAAAUCAAGAAUUUGUUGAUGUCUCUAUGUACUGAAAUAUUUUGUGUUUAAGAAAAUUACUGAAUAAAACAUUUUUUUAAAUAUG